AUGCAAAAUUUGUUUGGUCAACCUUCUCAAACUCGAGAAACUGCUUCUGGUCUGCAAGAACUUUUGUACACCACAAGAGAAUGCUACCUCGCUCUUGAGAAUAUGGACGUUCCGGUGUCUACCUGGGACACAGUCUUGAUUUGGUUCAUUGUCCAGAAACUCCCCAGCACAACUCAAAAACUGUGGGAAGAGAAGUUAGGAAAUCGAAAAGAGUUGCCAAAAUUUAAAGAACUUACCGAGUUUUUGGAGACACGUUUCCGGACUCUUGAGGUUGUGGGCCAACAGGAACUUGGUGCAGCAGGCAGAAACAAGAACGAGCAAACCGUCAACAGCAAGCCGCGUUUCCAGCCUGCGAAAUCGAAGAGUUUCCUUGUGAAACAAUCAGCCAAGCAGCCUUCCAAGCCAGUACCGCAGACGAACACUGUGGAGCAGUUGGUAUGCAAGCUAUGCAAUCAGGAGAAGCACUCGUUGAAGAGAUGUCAGCAGUUCCUGAAUAUGGACAAUGUGCGACGAAUAGAUGUCGUUCGUAGGUUAAAGGUCUGCGAAAAUUGCCUUUCUUACAGACACUCUCUCCACGAAUGUCCCAGUUCCACCUCCUGCCAUUUCUGUCAACAACGACACAACACAUUGCUGCAUACUAAUCAGCCGAGUUCCAGCACACACACACCACAACAACAACCACAGCCUGCAACUACUUCAGCUCAGGCUAAUGUACCCAGCUCGAACGCGUUAUACUCGUCCGUAAAUCCGAACGCGCCUGAGUUCCAGCCAAUGGGUCAACAACAACAACAAAGUUUUAACUACCACACGUCGCAUGGUGAUCGUUUUACAACACAUCAGGUGCUUCUAGCGACAGCAGUUGUUAAGGCCCGAAGUGCAGAUGGCCGGCUACGCCUUUUACGUGCUCUGAUCGAUACUGGGUCAGAAAGAUCUUUCAUCACAGAAGCUGCUGCACAACUGCUGAAGCUAGAAAAGCGGCGUACCAUGGUCGAGGUAUCUGGGUUAGGGUUGGUCAGCAGUGGCAAAACGCAUAACUCCGUCGAAGUAAGUCUUGCAUCCCGCCACUCGACGUUCGAGAUUGCCAUUCAGGCAUUGGUCUUCAAGUCGCUGACUGGCCAUCUCCCGACCCAACGCGUGAUACCUGGCCAAUGGAACCAUCUCGAUGGUCUCUCGUUAGCAGAUCCCCAUCUCUACGAGCCUGCUCCCAUUGACUUACUACUGGGAAGCGAUGUUUGUGUCCAAAUAUUUUUACCCGAAAUAAAACGGCCUCUAGAUGGUAUCGGUCCGAUCGCGCAAAAUACGCAAUUAGGGUGGAUCGUGUUAGGGAAAGUUCCAGCGGAAAUUCCCCGGCAAGUGCGCAGCUUUCUUCAAAUUGCCGAAUUAUGCACACAGAUGGAGAAGUUUUGUGAGAUGGAAGAAAUGCCGUUCCAGACACAUGAAACCCUUGAUAACAUUGCUUGCGAUGAGCAUUUUUCACAACACACUAGGCGUUUACCUGACGGGCGUUAUGAAGUGAAGCUCCCGUUCAAAGGUGAAAGUCUUCCAGCGAUGGGUUCCAGCCGACAAGGCGCUCUUCGACGAUUACAACAUCUCGAAAAGAAACUCGAUGCCGAUCCAAGACUUUGUGCGGAUUACACAAAGUGUAUUAAGGAGUACGAAGACCUCAACCAUAUGGAAGAAAUAGAUCCAAAUGACCCGGUUUUGGCAACACCUUAUCACUAUUUCUUGCCACAUCAUGCGGUGUUUAAGGAAGCUAGCUCCACUACAAAGCUGAGAGUAGUGUUUGACGCAGCUUCAAAAGCUUCGGAUGGGAAAUCCCUCAACGACCGUCUUCUGGUGGGUCCAAAAUUGCAGACUAGCAUCAUAGAUCUAGUUCUUAGAUGGCGGACUCACCGAGUCACAUUUACGGCCGACAUAGAGAAGAUGUAUCGGCAAAUUUUGGUAAGUUUCCCAGACCGAUACUAUCAGCUGAUUAUGUGGAGAGAGCAAAGAACAUCGCCAGUACGAAUUUUCAAAAUGAACACCGUAACUUUUGGAACAGCGAGUGCUCCAUAUCUUGCCAUCAAGAUCCUGAAAAAAGUAGCUGAUGAUGAGAGCGACAAUUUUCCUGAAGGGGCGAAGGUGGUACGUGAAGACAUGUAUGUCGAUGACCUGAUCAGUGGUGCCGAUUCGAUCGAAGAGGCACGAAAGAAACGUGAUGAAGCCAGCCAACUUUUAGCGUCAGCGGGAUUCAAUUUAAGAAAAUGGACCAGCAAUGUUAAAGAACUUGUCGAAGACAUUCCAGUUCAAGACCGGGAACUCGAUUUUGAGCUUCCGUUUAAUCUGUCCAACCACGUCAAAACUCUCGGAAUCAAGUGGUUUCCCAUCGAUGAUUGUUUUUCGUAUCAAAAUCUCCAACCUUCGACAGAAGCAACCACAAAAAGGUCAAUAUUAUCGACCAUAGCCAAGCUGUUUGAUCCACUUGGUUGGAUUUCACCAUGUGUCGUCACUGCAAAAAUUAUAAUGCAAAGACUAUGGAACCGUGGUUGUAAUUGGGAUGACCCAAUUCCAACGGCUUUAAUUAAAGAAUGGGAAGCUUUUUAUUGA